AUGAAUGGUCCGAAGGCAAUGGAGGGUUCGGCUGAGGAAGAAAAGUUUUCCGAUCUCCGGGAAGAGGAGAUCCAACGCCAGUUAAAACAACUUAUCAAAACCCCCGUUAAGACUUUCCAUCUUCCAAACGGAGAUAUAAUCGAUUGUAUUCGAUUGACCGACCAACCAGCUUUUGAUAAUCCACUACUCAAAGGUCAUAAAAUACAGAUGAGACCAAGCUCAUUUCCAUUUGGUGCUCCUAACGAGGCACAGUCUUCGCAGCAGAGCUAUUCCAGAGAUGGAGUAGAGCAUUCAUUAGGGCAAAUUGACUGCCCAAAAUGCCCCAAAUUCACAGUCCCCAUAAUAAGAACAACAAGAGAAGGUAUCAUAAGAAGAGCAAACGGCAUUAAAAAGGCUUUUCCUCCUACUAUUGAUUAA